CAAAUUACGAUUGAGUAUUUCAUUCGCGAAGUGUUAAGAUAAUGAAGAUUGUGUUACGGGCGGUUGGUUGUGUGCUCAUAGGAACGUUGGUCCUAUCGGCACCCGUUGCUGAAGACGAUCGUAAAGUAUCUGGGGGCCUAGAUAUAGAUAAUGGUCAAGCAGAUUUUCAGCGUGACAAGCGGUUGAAUAACGGUUACUAUGCUGUGUCACCAUGUGCUGCUGCAUCAAAUACACAAGUAGCAUCAUUUGUUCCUGAUGCAUCAUAUCAAAGUAACAUAGGCCCCACGCAUGCAAGAUAUUUCGCCAGUGAUUAUGGAUUGUCAGACUAUCCGGCGAAUUGGUACCGUGCUGAAGAUGCUUACAAAGAUGAUAGAGAAAUUAUGAAAUAUUCAGACUCGGAGUUUGUCGGCCAAACACCAAUGGGUAACAUUUUUAGAUCAGUUCCAUCUUCUUACAUGGCUAUGAAUCAAGCGAGUAUAGCUGGUUUAAAUGGACAAAUGAUGAAUCCAGUCAGGACCGCUUACGGCGUUUUUCAAAACGCAAACGUCGAUGGCUGUAAUAUUCCUUUACUCUUCAGCUGUUCGCCGUCUAUAAUUCCCGGUCGUAUAGUCAAUUCUGAAACAAACUUUGGGUACGAUAACCCAACUCCAGUGAUGGGAAAACCUACAGAUCCUUACAGCAGUGCUAGCAGUCAUUACCUCCACGCUAGCCAUGGGGAACAGAUACCAAAGGAUCAUUCCAGCAUAUCAAGUUCAAUCAGUAGUAAUAAUGCUCAUAAUAAUAAAAUGUCUUAAUGUUUUUCAUAGUCUGAUUAAGUUAUAAAUAACUAUUUUAUAAGAAGAUUGUUUUGUGCUAGUAGUUUUUUUAUAUAAAUAAAUUACAUAAAAGUGUAAAGAAUGUUAUAAAUUGUAAUUGAUACAUUUAUAAAUAAAUCAAU